CACAGCCCGAAAGAAGAAACCAAUCAGUUGCGUUUUCUCCUUACACAAGUCUGUUCAACCACAUUGUGGCGGUGCUCGUGUUCAGCUGCUGCAGCUACAGACAAAAUUAAACACUAUGGUUCAAGCCAAGACCUGGAUCCUGAAGCAGCACUUUGAGGGUUUUCCUAAAGAUAGUGACUUUGAGCUGAGGCAGGAAGAGCUCCCUGAACCCAAAGAUGGAGAAGUGCUUGUGGAAGCUGUGUUCCUGAGUGUGGAUCCCUACAUGAGACCCUACAGUCGUGUGCGAAUGCAGCCAGGAGAUGUGAUGAUUGGAACACAAGUGGCCAAAGUGAUUCUAAGUAAAAAUCCAGCAUUUCCUGUGGGGUGUCAUGUGGUUGGUCGAUGCGGAUGGAGGACCCACACAGUCUCGGAUGGGACUGGUCUCACUCGGGUCCUGACUGACUGGCCUCAGGAUAUUCCUCUCUCACUCGCUCUUGGAGGCCUUGGCAUGCCAGGCUUGACCGCUCUGUAUGGUUUAGAGGAGGUGUUGACCAUUAAAUCUGGAGAGACAGUGCUGGUGAAUGCUGCUGCUGGUGCUGUGGGGACUGUAGUCGGUCAGAUCGCUAAACUGAAGGGCUGUAAGGUGGUGGGUUCAGUUGGGAGUGAUGCUAAAGUGUCCUAUCUGAAAGAACUGGGCUUUGACCACGUCUUUAACUACAAGACGGUGUCUUCUCUGGAGGAAGCACUGAAGCAGGCCUCACCUGAUGGAUAUGACUGCUACUUUGAGAAUGUUGGUGGGGAUUUCUUCAGCGCCGCUCUUCCCCAGAUGAAAGUGUUUGGGAGGAUUGCUGUGUGUGGAGGGAUUUCUCUGUACAAUGACAAAGAGCCUCAAACAGGUCCGUAUCCCCACCUGAGUAUGAUCUUUAAGCAGUUAAAAAUGGAGGGGUUCCUGGUGGGCCGAUGGGAGCAUAAGAAUGAGGAGUCUCUGAAGAGGAUGCUGACCUGGGUGAAGGAGGGGAAGUUGAAAUGUAGAGAGCAUGUGACCACUGGCUUUGAAAACAUGCCUGCAGCCUUCAUGGGGAUGCUACAGGGCGAGAACACAGGGAAAGCUAUCAUUAAAAUCUGAAGACUUCUCUUCUGUCUGAAACACCUAACAUUGUUAAACUCAGUUCUGUCUUGUAAUAAAUUCUGAUUUGUUUUUGUA